AUGAGCAGACUGCAGAUUCCCUCUUUUGUGGCUACUAACCCUGCUGCCAGCGCCCUUGCGGCCAACCAGAACGCGCCCUCCCCAGCUACCAUAGCUCCUGCUGCUGCGGGGGGCGGUCGGGACAAAGAGCGAGGCAAAAGGCCUCAUCCUGACAGUGAAAUCGACCCUGAGGAGGAGCCUCUUAUUAGAAGGACCCGAGUCUCUGGGCCGGGUACUCUCUUGCACCGAGCGAUCAGAGCUCCUUCUCACUCUGGGCCUCCUGCAGCUGGUGGCUCUGCUUCUGCUUCAGGCCCCCCUUCUAUCCCCAGCUUGCCGCCAUGGGCCCCUCGGUACACUCGAACGGAUGGGACGUUCGUGAAACCGAACGAGACCAUGCUGAAGGAUGGCCAGACCGCUAUGGCCUACUACAGGAGCAUGUGGACUCCGAAGGACAUUGAGGCGGCAAAGGGCCUUUCCCAGAAGGACGUGUUCAGUCGCUUUCCCCAAUCUGCUAUGGAGACAUUGUUCGGGAUGAUGGCCAUGCAGAAGCAGGUGGAAAUGGGGAACGCCAGGGCCCGAAAGUAUUCUGAUAGCCUGGAGGUGGCUAAUAAAGAGAACGACCUCCUUGCCAUGAAGAAUACCGAGGUGCUGGUUCGGCUUGACAAAGCCGAGCAAGAGAGAGAUGUCCUGAAAAAGGAGAAUGAUUCCCUUCAGGAUGAGAAGGACGCCCUCCAGCUCGAGAAGAGCGUCUGGCAGACUGAGCAGGAAUCACUCAGAGAAGAGAAGGCAGAACUCCAACGUCUUCUAGCUGAUGAACAGUCUGCUCGGAUGGCUUUUGAAAAAAGAGCUCUGGACGAGCGUACCGCUCUGAUCGACGCUAUCAGCAGAGUGGGUGGUGGGAUGCUGGCCCUUCAUGCUCGGUUCUCCAGGGUCGGUGCUCUUCGGUAUGCUCAAGGAUUCCGGGAAGGUUUCGCCGACCGGGUUCCGGAUGAGGGACAGACCAGCUCCACUCCGGAUGAGGUAGACAAGGAUCUGGGGAUCGAGCCUCUGGGGGUCUAUGUCGACCCAGAACCCACCGAAGCGGAGCGUAUAUUUGAUGAGUGCCAGGACAUCGCAUCCUCAAGGAUCAUCACAGCUCCUCCUACCGCUCUGCCACUGACCGCUCCCCAAUCGUCAACCGUGGCUCCCUCUGUAGUCACUGCUGACGCUGAACCCCAGCCGAACGACUCAGUUAUUCACCUGGAUUCCCCACCUCAUGAAGGUGAGGCGGCUGAUGGGGCCGAGGAGAGGAAUGGGAAGAAAUGCAAAGAGAAGUUUGAGAACUUAUACAAGUAUUACAAGAAGACUAAGGAAGGGAAGGUUGGGAGACACUACAGAUUCUUCCGACAGCUUGAAGUGCUCUACGGCAAAAUCAACAAUCCAGUAGCAUCAGAAACCACCUACAUGUGA